AUGUGCGCCAGCGUCGCGCGAGGGACGAGCAGGUCGAUGCUGCAGGUGCGCGGUGCGCGGCAUCGAUGUGCGCGCGCACAUCGAUGGUUCGUAAGCGAGACUGACUGCAAUUACGCGCCUCGCAAACAGGCCGAUGAUGAGUUCGCCGACAGCAGGUUCGAUGGAACGAAUUGCGAGGCAUUCAACGGCGGCGCGUUGCGCGUCGACGCGUACGCAUGGAGUUCGAGCGCGAGCGAAUCGAUGCUUCAAGUGGGCGUCGAUGCUAUCGACGGGCGCGUCGCGCUCGAGACGUACGCGAGCGCUCUGAUCUCCAACGACGCCGAUGAAGAAGUGAACCUAAAUGGGGUAACGAUUCAAUACGAGUUUUCGAGAUUGGUUCGAUCGAACGACGAUGAUACGAGUUUUCAGACUCCUGACUUUACUCCGGGAGACUUUGAGUUUACAUGCUGGGGAGCGCAAAUCAUAAAUCCAAGCGGCGCCAGGAGAUUGGUGGAUUGCGGUGAUGUACGAAUCGAAAUGAAUGACGUCGGACCACGCAUCGUGUUCGGCUCGAAUGUCGCUCUCAACGUGGGCGAAUUUUUGGCGGGAGGCUACUCCAACUUCUUGUUCUCAUUUCGCGAUUCUCAAAUGCGCGAAAUGGAUGUCGAUUCCAUUCGAGCGCUCGAGCCUACGUGCGACGCUUCUGUUUUCUCCACUUUCGCGCCAGAGAACGUGAACGUGGCCUUGACCUCGACGUUUGGUUGGAACCCGAACGCGAUGAUCGUGCUGAGCGCGUGUCCGAGCUUGCUUGACGUUGUCUUCAGUACGCUCACUGCGUCUGUUGAUGGAGCUGGCGCCUCCGUUCAUGGCGUCGUGGGACAUCGAAGUUGCGGCACUCUCGACGCAUCCAAGGUCGCGUUCGCGAUCGAUCUCGGAGGCGAAUACGAUGAGACGCAGCUUGAAUCAGCGUGUGAUGGCGUGCAAGUCGUCUAUCCAAUUUCGUCUGUACCACCUGCUGACACGCGCGCGUCGUGCGAUGUGGUUGCGACAGAGCGCGGUAUCGAGCUGCGUUUCGGUGAUGGAUUGGUGCUCUGCCCUGGUUGUUUCAUCGUUGGCAGUCGAAAUUCUGUCAUGUUCUCCAUGACGUACACCGAUAGUCGCGAAUUCUCAGGCACAACGAUUUCCUCGAAUGACUUAAGUCAACCGAUUUGCACAGGCUUCCCACGCGGAGGUGGAUCAACAAAUGAUGUCGUGCGUCCAUGCAACGAAGAGGAUAACGCUGAAUACGAAGGAUCGAGGAUCACCGAGGGCUUAUUCUUGGUGCCGUCACCAGAGGCUUGCUGCUUGGCGUGCAGAGAAAAUCCCAACUGUAACGUCUGGACAUUCUGCACUGCUGACGACGGGUGCGGCCGAUCGGAGUUUGCGUACUCUUAUUCGGCGUGUGAACUCAAGUACGCCGCGCCGCAAAUCAUCACACAGGAUAUCAUCCCGGGCAAGCGAGGAGCGGAAGUUACAUACAUCUCCGGCGCAAUAAAGGACAAGACGACUGAGCCAGUGCCGUUCGACACAUCGAGCGAGCGCAAGGAGUGUCGAGCGGAAGCGAACGCAAAUUACGACGGCAUCCAAAUUUCAAUCGUAAAUGCAGUCUCUUGGAGCGCCUGUUGCGAUGCUUGUCUCGCGGACUCAUCGUGCGCGGUAUGGAACUUUUGCGACGAGACUGGAGGAUGCGAUGGCGAGUUCGCUUAUCAGACGUGCAUUCUCAAAAUUUUCCUCGUUGGAGGCGAUCCGCGAAAUCCGCCAGCGAUCGCGAGAGGAGAAGGCGUCCCUUGGAUCAGCGGCUCACUCGCUGAGCGAAUCCCCGAGCCUCCACCCUCGAUUGAAGGAUGCAAAGUUGAACGAAACGCAAACUACAAAGGGCAUCCUUUAAACAGCGGAUCGGAUUUGAUCCUCGAUGAUGAAACUGAGUGCUGCGCCGAGUGUAAAAAAACAAAGAAGUGUACGGCAUGGGUGUUCUGUGCGGCACCGGGAGGUUGCGGGAACGAGUACUACGAGUACACGUUUGGUGAAUGCUGGUUGAAACACUUGGGACGGAAUGACUUAGCGCAAGCUCCCAUCCCAGCAUGGGAGCGUGGGUUCAAUGUGACGUGGACGAGCGGCAUUAUUGCCGCAUCGGAGCCAUCACCGACUCCGGCUCCUCUUCCUCCCCCUGUCGUGAUUCCAUCGCCAUCAGCACCACUUCAGCCACCUGCGCCGAUUCUUUCGCCGUCGCCUCCACCGGCACCGCCGGUGCUUCCUUCGCCGUCGCCUCCACCGGCACCGUUGGUGCUUCCUUCGCCGUCGCCUCCACCGGCACCGUUGGUGCUUCCUUCGCCGCCGCCACUGUCUCCAUCACUGCCACCGCCUCUGAUCCCCGUUUCUCCAUCUCCACCGCCGCUUCCAACGUGUCAGAGGCUUCUCGCAGACGUAAGAUCGCGCUGUAAAUCCUUUUUCGGCGGGCAGAACGAUGGAGUUUUCGAUCAAUCAUGCUGCGACAUCGUGCGAGGUAUGAACGUUGAGCGUUGCUUCUGCGAUCGCGCGACUAUCGAUGCGCUUGGCGAGGAUCUUCGAGUCAUCGAGAUUGCGGUACCGGCUCUUUGUGAAUCCGGACUCGAAGUGGUCUCUGGAUUGGGAUGCGUUUCAUCUCCGCCGCCGAGUCCACCUCCGCCAAAUCCGCCACCGUUGCCGAGUCCACCUCCACCUAGUCCUCCUCCUCCAUCACCAACUCCGCCUCUGCCUCCGCCUCCUUCGCCUUUUCCACCACCAUCCCCAUCACCGUCUCCACCUCCACCGUCUCCGCCUCCACCGUCUCCGCCUCCACCGUCGCCACCACCUCCGUCGCCUUUCCCGCCACCAGCUCCUCCACCGCCAAGCCCACCUCCAGCGGAUGAGUGCCCGAAUCUCAAAGUUGUCGGCGGACUGGAUGCGGUGCAGAACGAGGUUCUCCUGAACUCAGUGUAUGUUGAUCGUGGUGCCGUUGCUACGGAUGACAUCGAUGGCGACAUUUCGAAUGAAAUUGACGUCGAUACGAGUGACGUGGACACAAGCAGAGUGGGCACAUAUCGCGUGGUCUACCGCAUACGCGAUUCGGGAGGUUGCGACGUCAUGGCAGAGCGUCUCGUUCGCGUGAUUGCGCUCGUACCGACUUCUGAUUUCGCGCAGCUCACUUCACUGUGUGUUUCAAAUAUUCCACGAGUCCAAGAACUAUGCGUUGGAAUCUCAGCUGCGGGCAAGGGCGCUCCGAAUCCGGCUUCAUUCCCGAGCUGUUGCGUGGCACUCAGUGACUUGGAUGAAGCUGGAUGCUUUUGCGUCCCUGAAUUCAUUCGAGAAUUCGAGGGCGUUCAAGUGUCUGUCGGUGAAGUUGCAGCGUUUUCACCGCUCGCGUGCGGAUUCAGAAUCAAAGUCGGCGAUGUGUGUGAAGAUCAACAGUUGUUGAGCCAGUUUUUGAGCACGCCGACCGCGGUGCCAGAUUUUGUGAUCUCCAAUGAAGAUUGGAUCCGGAUCGUUGAUGAAGGUGGAUCACUUCGCGAGGACGUGAGCUGCGCCGAUACGCUCACGGUUACGCAAAAAUACUGCAGCGCAAUUCAGCAAAACGUGGGCGUCAUCCCGCGAGUCUCAGACUUUGGACCUUGCUGCGCGACUGCCGAACGCCUGUACAACAAUUCAUGUCUCUGCGAUGAAGGCUUCAAGCUCAUCACGGACGAAAAUCUCAUCUUCCUCCGCGAGUUUGUGGGAUUCACCCCGCUUGCUUGUGGCUUCAACUUUACAGAAGACUGCCCCGCACUCGCGGAUGAGCUCGGAAUACAAACCAUCGCGGUGGAGAUUCCGGUGGACAAUGGCACGAUUCCUAUCGGACCGACGACUCCGAUCACGCGACCGCUCGAAGGUUACGGCGUUGUCGUCGAGAACGGACAGAUAGUACCGACUGAUGCCCCUGGAAGAAGCGAGUGCGAUACGGUUCGAGAAUUGAAAAACUUUCUCGUCCCAAGCUCGAGGCCGAACGCGAAAGAGUACGACGUACUCGGUGCGAUUGGUUGUUGUGCAAAUGCGACAAUUUACAUUCCAGAGGUCACGGUCGUCAUCGCUUACCGCCCCCUUGACGGGAGUUCGAACGUUUUCGUCGAUGCGCUGAGUGUACCAACGGUGAAAUGCAACGGUCUUACUUUGAUCUCAUCGCGAGGUGAAGUGCUUGACGAUACCUUGUGUGAUCGCGCGACGAUACAAGAAAACAUCGACAGCGUUGAAAUCACCCUCACGGACCUGACAAUCCCAGCAGACGCUGCCAUCACUGGGCGGGUGCGAGACGGAAAACUUUUCACAGUGAAUCACGGUUCGGAAGCGACUCUCAACGCUCUCGCUCCAGUCGUGAAAGCUCUUCAAUGUGAUGUUGGAGGGACCUGGGCUGAUGCGCUGCCGCCUGUUCAGCAAGAUGCGACGAGGAGAAAAUUACUGCAGUUCUUCGGUGGAAUUCCUUUCUUUCCUGAACCUAACCAGCUUAACGUCACCGAAGGACCAUCUCCAGUACGACCAUUGAACGGAUUCAAUCUGACACAAUACGCUCGACCGUCUUUCCGCCCUCACUCUGACACGGGCGCUGGAGAUUUUGCCGAAGGAGACGAGGAAGAUGAUCAACCAUUCACUCUUCAAUGCCAAGAUUUUCUCUCGCGCGUGCGAGCAUCUCUUCGAUGGUUCGGAAAACGUGUUGACGUGAAUGGCAACUACCGCGUUGCACCGUUUGAACGGUACGAGUUCCGUGGAUCCAUUGGUAUCGACGAGAGAGGAAGCGCGCUUACGUUGACGGAUGUGAAUGUACCGAUUGUCCUAAGCGCGUGGGUGAACGCGAACGGAACGUGGAAUGAGGUGCAAAAUCCGGUUGACGAGUACGGAAUCGAAUGCAAUUUUCCGCGCGUCGUAGGCGAUUCUUCUCAAGAUCAGAACGACGAUCCGUGCGGCCGUUUGCAGUUUUUCAUGGCUUCAUACACUCCCGAUGGUGUGUUCAGAAAUGACGGCAGACCAUCUCCUAAAGUCAUCUUACUCGAGGUAUCGUUCUCUCAAGUUGUACUUUGUCCCGGUUGUAAGCUGCAAGGUGACGGCGAAAAUGAUGCUCUGUUCACCGUCUUCUCUCGAACGGGUUCGCGUUUCGAUUACAUUGGACCGUCUGUCGGUCAGCCAACGUGUGUGCGAGAUUUACGGGGACAACCUGUCCAGCCGGUUGCAGCCACACCAGGCGGGCCAACGCCAACGCCAACGCCAACGCCAACUCCGAUGCCAAUACCAACGCCUGUACCACCAAGACCCGUGCCACCGACCACUGGGCCGCAGUGCAAUGGGGAAAAAGGCUUGAAUCUCAAAGGAAUACUCCUUCGCGAUGGAUCCAAAUUCAUCGUUGACAGCGAAGAUGAGUGCUGCCUCGCUUGCUGGCAAACACGUGACUGCGAUACUUGGGUUUACUGCACCGGCAACUGUGUAGACUUCGCGUAUCACUCUUGCUGGCUCAAACGGUCGAUUGGCGGUGGUUACACCGCUGAGCGCGGACCGACAGAAAUCGCCGCGUGGGAUCGAGGUCCAGAUAUUCCAUGGACCUCUGGUUGGUUCCCGAGAAGAACCUUCCCGCAAACUCCACCGUCUCCGCCUCCGAUCGAUGAAUCACCACCACCACUACUUCCACCAUCCCAGGAGCCGCCGAUGGCGCCACCUCUUCCACCACAGGAACCUGCACAGGAACCGCCUUCGCCGUCCGAUUCACCUGAUCCACCUGAUUCGGCGACGUACUUCACUCUUCAACCUGGCGUUCCGAUACAGAUCCCGGCGGCGACCAUCACGAUAAUACCUGGUGCGAAUGUUCCUGGUCAAGUUCCACCUGCUCCAGGACCUGAACCAGUCGAAAACCUUUCAGGACAAUGCGCUCCAGAGGACGUGACAGUUUGUCCUUCGGAAUCGGCGCCAAAGCGUUUACGCGAAGCCGAUACGCGUCUAAGCCUGCAGCUUUUGCCCGGCGAAGGUGCGCUGCAAGCCAUUGUCACCGGUACUGCGAUAAACUUUGGACGCAUCGUCUCGAACUCCGUCUGUCUCAAUGGAUUAUCCGUUACGCUUCCGUUUGAUCGCACUGUGAUUGACGUAUCGAGUGAGCAGUCCCGAGUUGCGCCUCCGGAAGAGUUUACCAUCGACUGCAUUUUCAUCGGCGUGCGCUCGCGAGACGGACCACCGCGUGAUGAUGCCAAUGGCUGCAACGUGUACGCCCGCGCGGAGGUCACGGACUCGGGCGUACAGGUAAACUUUCUCAACAUCGCUCUGUGUUCCGAGUGUUGGUUGGUCGGUGGUCCCUCAAGCGCUCUCUUCGUUGUUCGCCAUAUCGAAGGGUCAACGCUCACUCUCCCGGAAGCGAGCGUUACAAAUACCAACGUUUUCACCGAAGACGCUGCGUUCUGCUCGCCUUGA